AUAAGUUCCGAGCCUUGUGCAUUUGUGGGACCCGUCUCACGAGUGCACGGCGUCUGUCGCGUCUCGAAAUUGGGUUUUGGGGCGUGACAGUAUGGCAAAAGGUGCAGAUCACUUGUUUGUUGGACAGAGGUGUCAUCCAUUUGAGGUGUUCUUAGGUUUGUUUGGCAUUCGGGGGAAGUAAAGUCCAAGAAAUAUGUUCCCAACCCAAGCCACAUCAUCAAUCCUGAACCCAUUCAACUUUGAGAAGAACUAACUUAUGAUGAGCACCCGAUUCGUAUUUUAGAUUUCAAGGAGAGAACAAUGCGGAGAAGGACUAUUGGUUUUGUUAAGGUUCUUUGGGAUAACCAUUCAGUUGAGGAAGCCAUUUAGGAGUUGGAAUCCAAAAUGAGGCUGGAACAUCCACACCUUUUCCAAGAUGAAGACUCGCAACCCCCACCAGCCUCUCACCUUGAUCUUGAUGCUAUUGCCUUCUCCCCAAUUCUUGGUUCGUGUUGGGUAACUAGAGCGGCAUAGGAGGUUGCCAUUCUUAGCAUCUUCCGAUUCUAAGUCACGUUCCUCUCCUUGAAACCUUGAAAUUCUUGCUUGUUGCAUAGCUACAAGAUGAGUUUCUAUGCCCACCAAUGGGAGGUUUUUAAACGUUGGCCAUGACUUAUAGAGGAGAUCUAUUUCAUUCCCAUACUUAUACCGGUUUUAUCUUGAUACUUGAUUACAUUGUUGGUAUGCUUUAACUUUAAAUAAGGAUUACCCAUCUUUUACUUACUAAGAUAUCUCAUGAUUUUUCCUUGUCCACCAUUUCAAGUAGUGAGACUCGAAAUGGAGGGAACCAAGGGGAGUGACGACUUAGGAAGCUAGUCUCUUGUCUUUUGGAGUUAGGCAGCUAAACAAACAAAAAAAUUUUGG